AUGCUUUUUUCGUCGUUUCCACGCCUGUGCCUAUCUGGUCUCUCUCGGUGUACGAGUACCGUCGUCGCCACGGUCCGGCGAAUUGAGUCGCACAAUACCGGUCGACACCCGCCGCCACCGACCAGUCUAUUCCCCCUCCUCUGGUCUCCUCUGGUCUCCUCUCGUCUCGAGGUCGUCAUCCUCCAUGCCUUUCCUUUUUCGCUUCCCUCCAACGGUCUUCGCGCUUCUCUCAAACCUCGAUUGGUCUGGACGCAAAAGCUAGAACGACGGGCAUUGGGUCGACUGUUUGGUCCCUCUGUCCCGAUUUGCAUCGCCCUCACAUAUCCCUGUUCACUUGCCCAGCCCAAUUUCGAGUCACCGCUCUCCAAGGGACCGGCUGCUUUUGAGACAUUGUUACCGCCUCGACUGGACUGGGAUUGGGACUGUCCUGCCCGCACCGCACGUCCCGUAGGUACACGUACCUGUUCGAAGAAAACAACCCACGGACUUCCAACCCAGCCAGCCUCCAUCCGUCCACGAGAAGAGCGAGAAAGACGAAGAGAGAGGGAGAGAGACAGAGACGACCACGAGCACUGUGCAACAGGCAAAAACCAAGAGACCACUCGCAUUCUGCGGCGCUACGCUACAGUACCAUGUAUUCGUACCCUUAGGUCACCAUAUCUGUUACGCACCAGCUCCGCACCGUACCUACAGACAGAGAAAGAUUUGCAGGGCCCUGCUGCUACUGCGACCGACGCCGCUCAACCUCCGGCCACCUUUCUCACUGCCCAAUUGCCCCGACGGCCUCUGGUCAGCAAUCCCAGUUACACCGUGUAUCCGCCGCCCGCCCGCCCAGGCCCGGCCCAGCCCAGUGCGAUACUCGACCACCACCACGUCGGUCACUUGAACCCUCCUAACCGCAACUCGCGUAAACCGGGUCGGACUCGCAUUAGAGGGAGACUUGACAGUGGGCCCCCACUCCACCGCCUGGGCGACACCACUUUACCACGAGACGCCCUUUUCCCCACAACAUCCCCAGACCGAGCUUUCACCUCCUCCCUUUUCGUCGCCAUCUCCGUUCUCCGUCGCCGUCGUCGUCCUUGUCGUUAUCGUCGGCCUCGCACGUACACUUUCCAUCCCUCAUCGUUGUAGUUGGCCAA